AUGCCAUCGGCCCACUCAUAUCAUCGUCCCUACGAUGCCCGUCGCGACAAGCGACCCUCGACUGCCGACAAUCUGAACAAACAUGCGCCGAACGAGCCUCAGGUCAUCUCCUCGCUGAUUGCCUCUCUCGAUUCAACCAACUCUCCAAUCACCCAUGCCUCGUACGCCUACAUCUCGACUUCGGACAACUACGAUCCCGAUGGCGCUCUCUACGCAAGCCCCGACCUGCGCCCACCCUUGAAACACAGCCAGAGUUUUGGCAUGGACUACGGCGCCUACCGUCAGCCAAUCCAAGCUCAUGACUACGAUAGUGAUGGCGCUGACUUUCCCGUCAUCCGCACCUCAAGACGCCCUUCAGGAAAAUCUACACACACUGCACCACCCUCGCCGAGCCUGAACGGCUUGCGAGAAAAAUUGCGUACUGCCUCUAGGACAUCUCUGUCUCUGAACGGCUUUGACAGACUCAGUCGCAGCAACAGUAGACUGAGCGCUGGAAGCAGCUCUAGGAAACAGUCACUGUCCUCUCCUACAAAGCUGUCCUUGGAUGCACAAUCGCCAACAGAUAGACUUGGUCGCAGAACCUUACUCCGCCAGAACUCGCGCGAGACACUCAGAUCUUACAAGGAUCCUCAGCAUUUGGCCGACCAGGCUCUGUUGAGUUCAAACCUAGGCUCUGAAGCCAAGGAUUCUGGAAGAAAGAGCUCAAAGGGGAGACUAUACUUGGAGGAUGGGCAAGAAGACAUGGCUACACCAAGUCCCACCAUACCCGUGAGCCGACCAUCAUCCCACAAUGCUCGUCCUUCGAGUAGUAGAGGUGGUUCGUUCAAGGCUUCAGCUGAAAGCCUGCCCGCAAGCAAUUCGAGAAGUACCCUUCCAACCUCGUCUAGCAGCCCAAUGGCUACAAUCAUCCCUCCACGAUCUUCUUCGCUCAAUAGACUUUCCAGCCCUACGAAACCCAAGGGCAAGAAACUCAGCAAAGGCAAACGCGCUUUGGCUGCCCUCAGAGAAGUCAAGGAGGAGCGCGGUCCUCGGCGCAAGUCAAAAGCAGAUGCGCUCAAAGAUAUGUUCGACGGCCUGGAUGAACAAGACGAGACUGUAAUGCGCAUCAAGCAACUGCGUCAGCAAAAGGCACAACGAGAUCGUCUCCGCAUGGAAUCUGAUGAGGCUCUGCGCACACAGAACGACAAAGGGCUCGUGCACGACUCGGGAAGGUCUUCGGCGUCCAAUUUGCCGGAUGCGCGAAAGCGAGCCGCCAAUAGAGGCCCCGCCAGAGUCCCUGAUUUGCGCAAGGCUCACCGUAUGCUCGGCCUCGAUGAACUAUCUCAAAAUGCUCCCGUGGUUCAAUCCCACGACACCACAACGGCUUCCCCUUUUGACAGUAACGUUUGCACACCUCCUAGCGUCGCCCGUCACUGUCCCAACGUCUCUGCAAACCUGUCUUCCUUUCCUCCCGACUCUCCUACUAUCGGAAAUGCCUUCUCUACCUCGACCGACUAUUACCGUCCUUUCCAUACCCAGAUUGCCAAUGUAGCAGAGGAGCAACCAUAUGAUUCAUCUUCGGUCGGUAGACGCGCUGUGGCUCGGAAGUCAACUCACUCUCACCUUCUGAACGGUCUUGACAUUGAGGGCCUCGACAUGUCACCACCCAGUACUGCCCAUUCUAAUUCCACAAUUUCGUCGCGUCCGAAAUCAAGUCGACGAUUGUCCUAUGAUCCUAGGUUCCGACGGAAGUCCAUGAGCGAUGCUCGUGAGAAUCGCCUUCUUGAAGAUGAUAUUCUGCAGGAGCGACACAGUAAUGUCUCCAUGUCGGUCAACGCCUUUUUGAACAACCCGCGAUUGAAUCAGAAGAUUGCGCAUCCUCAGACUGGUCGUAUCAUCUCAUUUUCCGAGGUCGGCGACCCGAAUGGACAUGCAGUCAUUGUCUGUGUGGGCAUGGGUCUUACACGUUUCGUGAGCGUCUUCUAUGACGACCUAGCAUCUUCCUUGGGCCUACGGCUGAUUACACCAGAGAGACCGGGUGUUGGUGCUAGUCAAGCAUAUCGAGACAGAGAUCAUAUUGGACCUUUAGCCUGGCCAGAUGAUGUGAUUACCAUAACUCAUCACCUUGGCAUCUCUGAGUUUAGCUUGUUGGCACAUUCUGCAGGUGCAAUCUAUGCUUUGGCAACUGCUUUGAUGCUCCCUCAAAGUGUGCGUGGAAAGGUACAGCUUCUCGCACCGUGGAUCCCGCCGUCUCAGUUUGAGAACAUCAGCCAGAAAGACAGAUCACCUGACGAUGUGCCCAUGGCUGGCUUGACGAGAGGUCAACGUUUCCUCCGGGUGUUACCCGUGCCUUUCUUGAAGGCCGCCAACGGCAAUCUCUUCUCUCCCGCAUCUCUGAAGCCAGCCAGUGUUACUAAAGACGAUGGGUCACCUACAUCCGGCCGAGAAAGUCCUCGCGGUGUUCCUCGCAGGAGGAACUCGAAAAAGCGACCGGACGGAUCAAGACGAGAAAGUAUGAUCCUCAUGGAUCAAGUCAUACCUGAGAAGCCUAGAGAUACCAUGUUCCCGUUGCCUGAACUGUGCGAGGACGAGACAGGUGACAAGAAGGUGCGCAAACCUUCGGAAGUCUCUCUCAAACUCUCUGCGACAGCCUCACCUAUGGAUCCAGGACUCAUGUUCGCAGCCGAAGCCCUUAGCGCUGCUGAACACGCGGCAAAGGAACACCAAGCAGCAUAUUCUGCUAUGUUGACGGAAAGGACCUGGACGUUGGCAACUCGCGACGCGAAUCCUGCUACUGAUCUGAUCGUCUGUCUUGAGCGACACCGCAGCAUUGGAUUUAAAUACGUGGAUGUGCAUAAGAAGGUGGUAAUCACACACGGCAGCGAAGACAAACGCGUGCCUGUGGAAAACAUCCGAUGGAUUGGCGAACAGAUGAACAAACACAAUACACUAUACUGGAGUAUACAAGACAAAGACGCGGAAGCAAACGAUGGUGGUUGCGAAAUCCGCGUCUUGCAAGGCGAAGGCCAUGGACUCAUGGCGCAUCCUGGAGUGAUGUCUGAUGUUUUGUCGGACAUAUCGAACGAGUGGAGUCCGACACGAUGGUUGAUGCUAUGA